UUCAUCGUUUUUCAACAAAAUCCCAAGGUCUAAAAAAAGACCAACCCCUUAUAAUAAGGUCAUGCUCUAAGCUUAGCCGUUCUCCAUUUUCUUGUAACAUAUAAUUAUAUUCUAAAAUAUUUAUAAAAAAAAAAAGAAAAAAAAGAAAAAGAAAAAGGGGGGGAAGAAAGAAAUGGAGGGAGCUAGGCUUUUGCAUUUGAUCUGUAUGUUUUGUAUUGCCGCUUUGAUUAGAGGAAACGUUGCAGAAUUCGACGAGUAUUGGCAAAAACGGUCCGAGGAAGCUCACAAUCACUCCCUCGAGGCUUACCAUUCCGACCCUUUCGAGAUCGUCGAUCACUUCCACGAACGCCAUUACGACAACUCGACAGAUAUCGAGGCAGAGAGGGAAGAGGAGGAUGAUCACGAGGAGGAGGAGGAGGAGGAGGAAUACUCGAUCGCCAUGUUAACCGGCACGACCAACAGCACGAGAAGGAGUUUGAGAGGCCGAUCGAGGAGAGGACGACGUGGGAAAUGGAGCAAACUGAAGGGACCUUGCACCGCAAGCAACCCGAUCGACAAGUGCUGGCGUUGUCGGGCUGACUGGGCCAAUCGCCGGAAAAAGCUCGCCGACUGCGUCCGCGGCUUCGGCUUCAAGACCACCGGAGGAAAACUCGGACGCAUCUACGUCGUGACCAGUAACCUAGACAGCGAUGUCGUAAACCCUAGACCGGGAACCCUACGUCAUGCCGUGAUCCAGAAGGUACCUCUGUGGAUCAUCUUCAAGAAGGACAUGCACAUCAGGCUGCAGCAGGAGCUGCUCAUCAACAGCCAUAAGACCAUCGAUGCACGUGGCGCCAACGUUCACAUCGCUUAUGGAGCAGGUAUCACCAUGCAGUUCGUGACCAACAUCAUCAUCCAUGGCCUUCACAUCCAUCACAUUGUCUCCAGCAAUGGCGGCAUGAUCAGGGACUCUGUCGAUCACUACGGGUUCAGGACCAGGGCUGACGGCGAUGGUCUCUCCAUCUUCGGCGCCAGCAACAUAUGGAUCGACCAUGUCUCCAUGUCCAGAUGCCAAGAUGGCCUCAUCGACGCCAUUGAUGGCUCCACAGGCAUCACCAUCUCCAACUCCCAUUUCACCCACCACAACGACGUGAUGUUGCUGGGGGCGCACAACGUGAUAGACAAGGACAAGAGGAUGCAAGUGACGGUGGCGUACAACCACUUCGGGAAAGGGCUGGUGCAGAGGAUGCCACGUGUCAGGUGGGGAUUCGUCCAUGUUGUGAACAAUGACUACACCCACUGGCAGCUUUACGCCAUCGGUGGAAGCCAAGGCCCAACCAUCCUCAGCCACGGCAACCGUUUCAUCGCUCCCCCUCACAUCCCCCAGUACAAGGAGGUGACGAAGAGGGACUAUGCACCGGAGUCGGAGUGGAGGAAAUGGAACUGGAGAUCGGAGAAGGACGUGUUCAUGAACGGGGCGUUUUUCAGGCAAUCGGGAAACCCUAAAUUCAGGUGCACGCAUACGAGGCAGCAGAUGAUACGGCCCAAGCACGGAAUGGCAGUGUCCAUGCUUACCAAAUACGCCGGCUCUUUGGACUGCAAGGUCGGCCGCCCUUGCUAAAAGAAAAGCUCACCUGCCUUAACCUUUUUCUUUUAGGAUGCAUGGUUCUACUACUGCUUGAGUUGGUCGGAAAGAUUUUAAAUUAAGGGUUCGAAGUGGAAAUUUGUCUGAUUAGCUGAGGGCAUUUGUUUCAAGAAACCAGAAAAAGAAAAUGUGCCAAAGAGAUUCUACUACUUGUGAUUUGUGAUUUCUAAUCCAUUGUUGUUUUUCUUUCACUUCA